AUGAUUCCGUAUAAUAACUACUAUACAAAGUCAUAUUUGAAACUCAUCGAACUCAUAUCUAAUGAAUAUCAAGUUAAAGGUAUUAAUCAUAUUCCAAAACUGAUAUUUUGUGAUAAGUUGGAUUCAUACGGAUUAAUAAAAAAGAGUUGGGAAAAUCCAGUUUUUCAUACAGAUACAAUUUACAGAGCGAUUAUGGAUAAUGACAAAGAAAGAUUUAUAUCAUUCACUGAAAGAGAAGGAUUUGAUGAAGAUCAAAGUUUAACAAGCAAAUUAUUUCCACAAUCAAAUUACACGGAAUUGUCAUUACUUGAAUUAUGUUGUUACUACGGAGCAGUUGACUGUUUCAAGUUAUUGAGAACAAAGUUUAAAUCAGAAAUAACACGAAGAUGCCUAGAAUUUUCAUUUUUAGGAAGAAAUCAAGAGAUCUUGAGUGAAUGCUUGAAAUAUCAAAACCCAAGUUUGACCUGCAAGUUUUAUGCAAUUAUUUCACACAAUAUCGAUAUUGUUACAUUCUUGAUGAAUGAGUACGAGAAAUGUAUUAAUUUACAUUUUUGCAUGCAGUAUAAUAAUCUUGAAUCAUUUUUUGUAGAUUUCGAUCAAACAAAUAAUUCUAACAGUUGUUUCAUAAAUUCAGCAAUCUUCGAUAUUCCAUCCAUUUGUGAAUAUUUUCUUUCAAAUGGUGCAAACGUCAAUGCAGAAUCUUUAUUUGGGGCUCUUUGCAUUGCAGUAGAUAAUAAUUGUAAAAAUGUAGCCGAGUUUCUUAUUUCACGUGGAGCAAAUGUCAACCAAAAAGAUGGUGCCCAUGGAAUAACCGCUCUUCAUAUUGCAGCAGAAAAUAAUAGUAAAGAAACAGCCGAAGUUCUUAUUUCACAUGGUGCAAAUAUCAACCAAAAAGAUGAUAAUGGAAAAUCAGCUCUUCAUAUUGCAGCAAAAAAUAAUUGUAAAGAAACAGCAGAACUUCUACUUGUUCAUGGGGCAAAUGUCAAUGAAAAAGAUAAAUAUGGAGAAACCGCUCUUCAUCACGCAAUAGGCAGAUCGGAAACAAUCGAACUUCUACUUGUUCAUGGGGCAAAUGUCAAUGAAAAAGAUAAUAAUGGAAGAACAGCUCUUCUUAAAGCAGCAGGACGCAAUAAGAAGAAGAUUGUCGAACUUCUGCUUUUACAUGGUGCAAAUAUCAAUGAAAAAGAUGAAGAAGGAAAUACAGUUCUUCAUGAAGCAGCAGCGGGACUCGGUAGCAAGGAGAUAAUUGAAUUUCUGCUUGUUCAUGGGGCAAAUGUCAAUGAAAGAAAUGAAGAAGGAAGAACAGUUCUUCAUUUAGCAGCAAGAUUCGAUUAUAAGGAGCUGGCCGAGCUUCUGAUUUUACAUGGCGCAAAUAUCAAUGAAAAAGAUAAAAACGGAAAAACAGCUCUUCAUGAAGCGGCAAAUAUAACCAGAAAUAAAACUGAUGAACUUCUGAUCUCAUAUGGUGCAAGUUAUUAG